AAGAAUGACUAAGGCACUAUGACAAUUAGUAUAUAGUAAAUAUUAGUAGAUUUUAUAAAAUUUGGAUACCACCAGGAAGUUGUCACCCUGAGUUAAAUCUCAAAAAUGUGACUGACGUAGGCACAACUAUAUGCCAGUAUAUGUUAAAACAUUACAUAAAGGAAUGAGUGUAGCUCGUCUGCACUCUGUUAAUUCCUCCUUCCCUAUAGUUUUUGUUUAUAGUGUUUGUUGUUUUUGUUCAGGCAGGAUAUUUUUAUGAGUUACUUCUGCCCCAGUUUUUUACAAUUGUAAGUGUAAGUCAAGAUUGUAAGUCAACAACUUAAGUGGUUUUUGUGGUUACAAUGGAAGCCAAAUGGAGCCUUGGCAAAUCUUGGGCGUCCACUUAGACAUUUGGCAUUGCACAUUCCACAGAUAUCACUGCAAGCAUAUAAUGGAUCAGAAGCUAUUAAAACUGGAAUCUGUAAUAUGUUUUAAUUACUAUUGUGUUCUUCAACUGUGUGGUAGUGCAUUAUAAAACACAGCACCUGCACAUUUACCAUGGGUGGAGAUGUGUCUUCAUACUCUGCUAUUGGCACCUGUCACAAUGAAUCUACUUGAAUAUGGCAGUGAAAGCUUUUCAAAAUAAACUGCUACACACCUAAUACCAUGUCUACAUUUUCAACAACAGAAGCCUGACAGUAUCACUUAUAACAGCAGGCUUUCACACAACCAGCUAUCCACAACAAUCUUUUGUGGAUUUUCUGUAGUACACUGCAGUUAACUUGCCACUCUAGAGGGCAACAACAUGCAUACAAUUACAAAUUUCAGCUUUAUAUCUUGUCCAGUGUCAGAUACUGUACAGAGCAGUAGCUAUAAUCAGAGCACAAUAAUAUGAUUUCAGCAGAGAAAAACAUCUCUGUUGUUAUACACUAACCUUUGGUCCAAAACAAUAGAUGUACUAAUUUAUAAUGAACUGAUAUGUGAAUCGCAUGGGACAAUGAGACUAAGUAACAUACUGCCCAAGCACCUGCAAGUUGUCCUGGGACACAGCACAUCUGCUGUAAGUGACAGUGACAUCAUAUGUGGCCACUAAGCCGUAUGUGUGCAAUGCUGUGGAACCGGCUCCUCAGAUUGCAUGCUUGGCGUGAGCACUAUCUUGUACUGUGUCUGUUAGGACUUUCCACAGCCCCCAGAGACACCCUACAGGCUGUCACUAGCAGUGGAAGCAUUCUCACGCAGGCCCUGGAGCACAGACAAACAGCUAAUACAAAGAACUCAGUCUCCUCUUACUCACACGAACCCAAAUGUAAACUCUGACACACCCCAUACCCCUCUCUAGAGUACAGUAAAGCAGCAACAGCAAAAGUAGCUUGCACUGAGCCAGCAGGACUUCCAAGAUAACAGCACUAUAAGAACUGGUCUUUUAUAAAUAGGUAUAAAUGCCUUAUCAUAGAUAACAGACACUUCCUUGUAGUUAGAUCCCUAUUUUCAUUAUCUUAACAUAUGCUAAUUUGAAAAUAGCACUUAUUUUGUGUUGUGCCAUCUCUCAACUUCUCUGUCUCAUUUUUUCAAAAAACUUGUCAUUUAAAUUGCUUCUUGGCUUCAGUCCAAGUCUUGCAAGGAGUAGGGCUCAGUUGUUAGGACUGGAUCAAUACCGUCAUUAGCAGGUCCUUCCUCAGGCACCUGCAUGACUAUGACACUUUGGCAGUGCAUGUGUUCUUAGUGCAAGUGACAAUGGGAACACACCCCACUUUGUGUUCCCAUGUUGAUAUUUAAACUGCAACUGCUUGUUAAACUUCUAUUUUUAGGGUUAAAUUGUCUUUUGUUGUAACAUAAUGUCUCUGCUGAUCUUAAAACCAUGUUUCUGGUUACAGUGUUAUCACUGUUAAAAGUUAACUGUGUGAAAUUCCUAAGCUGCCUUCAGUCACACUCUAACGUAAAAGUCUGUCAUUCUCUAGAAGGCUUUGGUGUUGCAUGCAACUUAUUAGUAACUUAUUGAGUAUGUGUAUCAUAUUCCCCCAUAAAGUUUCUGAUUUUGUGGUGGAUAAUUUUAUAUUGUAAUUAACUGUGGUGUAAUUACCACCUGUCCUGCAGCCAAAUAUCAAGGACCAGCUUUUAUUACUGUUCUGUUUCCUUGUCUAUUAUCAUACAUGCUCUAUGGGGAAAUCCCUACUAGUGAUGAGUUUUCCUGUCUGUAUGAAAUGUUAUGACUGAGAUAAGAAAGCACUGUGCUGUUGGCGGAGGCUGGUCAGUUUACAAAAAAGUGGAUCAUGUACUUUAGACAGCAGCACUUUUGAGUUUUGCAGAGGCAUUGCAGGGUUGAGAGAUUUAUAUUCUGUUACUCCUCUUUGUUGUAAAUAUAAAUUUGGUGGAAUAUGCAGUGCUGAGCGCUGAAGUCAUGCUGUUUGUGAGUUUAAAAGACUCCUUACCAUUCUGCAGCAUCAGCACCACUUCCAAAAUCUUGCUUUCUAGUUGUUAACUGAAAGUAAGAUUUUAUCAUUUCUCAAGGUGUAGCAACACAUGCUUUGAUGUUGUCCAGUGAAAUUGCCACAUAAUUUUCUGAAUCAUAGUUUUUGCUCUUGAAACUUACUGGUACUUGCAAAUUAAUUCACCUCUAAUUGUAACAACUUCCUUUGAUCUUAAUCAUUCAUUGGAAAUACAGAAAUGGUUCUGUGUAUGUGAGACAGUUUGCAUCACCUUUGAUACACGCUCUAGAUUAAUGUUUACACAUUCAUAGUCAAAAAUGUUUCCUUAAUCUUUACAGAUAAAUUAUACCCCUUAAGACUUCCCAUUUCCAUAUUUCCUGUUGUCGGUGAGUUCAAUCCGGACAUCCUGCAAAGUCUUUAUGCCAGUAUAUAAUUUACAGUAGGUUGCCUUGAUAGCGUCUAUUUGUUUGCAUAAACCCUUUACAGUACAGUAAACAGUAUGUUCACACACAAGAGCGGUAAUUUAGCUAACAGGAUGAGAAACCCUUUGACCUUACACUGACAACACCCACCAGCUACACUGCCUCAUUUCCUUCUUUAAAGGAGGACUUUGCACUUCAUGGCUCAGUGUUUGCUCUUGUCUGUGGUGUGGUAUGUGUGUUUGCUUUACUGUGAUUAGGAAUUAUUAAGGUGAACUCACAUGUCAUCUAAUGUUACAGCGUUUGAGAGCCUUUGUACAUUUACGCCAUAGGCUGCCGCUUGACUCCAUUCAACAAACAUCUCAUUAAGAAAAGCGAGGCAGAGGUUUGUGAUGUGCAUAGAUAUUGAAUGAGAAAGCAAAUGUUAAACAGCCACCAAAAGUGUGACUAGAAGAGGCAAAUGUGUGGCUCACUUGACUAAUGUUUUUUGAGUGUGUGUGUGUGUCUAAUAUGUGGUUUUGUGUGUGAGAGACUGUUUCAGGACCAGCCUGUGUUUGAGCAACACUCAGAGCCCUUUAUUGCACCGCAUCACAGAGGUCUUGUCUGACAGGUUUUCCUACACACCCACACAUAAACACACACAUGCUUUGACACAAACACCCAUAGGGCGUGGUUUGACUUGGCCGUUUUAGGUUUUUUUUUGCUCUCUUCAAGUCAGACUGCUGUUCGGUCAAGUUCCAGGAAUGAGUUGGUGACAAGUGUAUUUGCUGCUACGGGUGUGUUUUUGCUCCAUCCGCACCAGCUGUGCCUGUCGUCUCAGCAGCAGCAGCAGGCUUUUUCACACACACAACACACUCAGGAUGGCGGGGGAGUGUGUUCCUGAGGGUCCAAACCUGAAGGAGAUGGGCGAGGAGGAACUGUGGGAAUUGAUUAAUGACAACCGCCAUAGGAUCUCCUUGGGGGUGCGGCCGGGCACCUUGAUUCCGUACCUGAGGCAGGCCAGGGUGCUCACCGAGAUGGAUGAGGACGAGAUCCUCUCCUGCCACAACCUCACCAACCGCUGCAUGAGAACCAGCUACAUGCUGGAUCUGCUGAGGACCCAGGGGAGGAACGGCGCUGUGGCUUUGCUGGAGAGCCUGAUGAUCCACUACCCAACCUUGUACACCCAAGUCACUGGACGCAAGCCCAGCACUGAGCCUUCCACAUUCAGCGGCCUGAUAAAGUACUCAGAGUUGACGGAGUACCUGGUCAGAGCAGUAACCGGGAUGCAGAAAGAGCUCCAGGAGGCGCGUUGCGAGGCUGGCAGAAUGAGAGCACGCUGCACCACACUUGAGUCAGAAAUUGGGCAGAUAAUGGAGCAGGAGGAGAAGUCCAGAUGUCUUCAGUCUGAAAAUGAGCAUAUUCGGAGACACUUGUGUUCUUUGCAACGUGAAGUCACCAAGCUGAAGGAUGAGAAGUGUGACUUGUAUAUGCGCUACACAGCAGCCAUUGAGGAGAAAUCAGCUGUGAACAUGCGCCUCCAUGACCUCAACCUGCAGGUGUACCAGCUGCAAACUGAGCUGCAGAAAGCCUCAACGGAGAAUGAGUUCCACAAGCGGCACUCGCUCAGGUGUGCUUCAACUCCUGAGACACCACAACUGCAAGAGGAGGUCAGGAGUCUGCGCUGCCAGCUGGCAAAGGCGGAAAAGCUGAACCCAGCUCGUCAGGACAUCCUAGCCCAGGACCUGGCUGAGGCCAUAGGUAGCCAGGUGGAGCUGGCAGAGCAGCUCAGGUGUUACAGAGGGGAAAAUGAGCAGCUGCUCAGAGAGAAACAAGAGCUCCUGGAUCAGAAGGAAUGCCUGAGCCUUCAGGUGCAGCAGCUGACCCUGGACUGUAACAUGCACCAGCAGAAGAGCACCGUGAUCCAGAACCAGAUGAGAGAGCUGCAGGCAGAGAGAGACCUAGCGUACCAGUCCAGAGACGAGGCCCAGGCCAUGAUUGCCCGCAUCCUGGCUGAGAAGGACACCCUGAGGUGUCAGUUGGUGGAGAUCCAGGACAGGGUCUUCAGCCUGCAAGCCAAUCGCAGCCCCAGAGAAAAACGGCAGAGCUCUGAUGAGAGGGAGGUCAGCUGGGAGAGCCCGGGGUCCAGCUUUGAAGAAUCCUCAUUCCCAAAUAGACGCAGGCUGUGCCGCAUGGACGCAGUCAAUCCCAUGUCACGGAGUCCCUGCGAUUCAGAGUAUGAAGAUACUGCAGCAAGUAGCAUCAAAUCCCACAACGCAGAGCCUCCCAGUCCAAAGUCUCUCCGCAGAAGGAAGGAACUUCUACAUGCAGAGAGCAGCUUGGAAACAGCGGAGACUGAUUCUCUACUGGAUGACUUUGUGUUCCUCACCAAUGUGGGCAGUGAAGACAAACAGACACCAAAGCUUUCCUCUUCUAAUGGCACCAGCACUGACAGUCUGUGUAGAACUUCAGCCCCUCCCUUCUUAAUGCGUUCUCGGCCGAAAGCCAUCCGGGUCAACGGCCGCGUCUUCACCAUCUGCUUCCAGGGGGAGGCGCUGCUCAGCCAGCUGGCAGUGGUGGGAGGCAAUAAGACCGGAGUGUUUGUGCACCAGGUGACAGAAGGGAGUGCUGCACAUACUGUUGGCAUCAGCCCUGGGGCACAAAUAGUGGAGGUGAAGUAUGAGCAAAACCAGAAGGCUCUUAGGAUGCUGCUGGAGGAUUCCACUUUAGAGGAAGCUAUGUGGGCUCUCGGCCAGGUCACAGGCCUCUGCCACCUCUCCCUCCGACCCAAGCAAGAUGACUAUGAGGCGCUGCUGCACCAGCUGCAGAACAAUGUGAUGUCAUCAGGAGACUCCUUCUACGUGCGCGUCAACAUGUCCCUCCUUGCUGGCCCCAGCGGAACCCUGGCUGUGUCCUGCAACGACAUCCUGCACGUGACCAACACACGACCUGCUGGCACCGAGGACUCAUGGCACGCCUGCCAAGUUCACCCCUGUCAGCUUCUGGACCUCCAGAGUGGAACCGUACCCAACUAUUACAGGGCACAGCGACUUCUGAUUCGAGCAAUUGAAGAUAUGAGUUUUCAAACAAAGAAGUCUCAAAAGGCGGGGCGUGUUGUGGCUCAGAAUCAACAGAAAGCAGUGAGGAUUGUCAGCACGGGGCGCCAGGGCAGGAACCCACUGUGGGUCAGCGUGGAGGAUGAACAGACCAAGAGCACUGAGUCAGGAGACACAUCGGCACCUAAAAGUUGUGUAACCCUCAUGCCCUACUCUCUGGUCACUCCACACUACCCACCCAUCUGCAGGCCCAUCCUGCUGCUGCCCACCGUUCUGGGACGCAUGUUGGACAAGAAGCUGGGAGGCUGGCAGGGCUUUCAGCUCUGUGAGCCCGAGGCGUUGAGCUCCAGUGAGCACGCAGCUCGGCUGCAGAGGUCUGAGAUCCUAGAGGAGUGUGAGCAGGGAAGAAACUGCUGCUACACCCUGCAGAGUGUCGAGAAAGUCAUGAAGAAGGGAAUUCACUGUGUUCUGCCGCUGGGACUGGACUGUGUCCGUCGUCUGCACAGGGCUGAGAUAUUCCCUAUCAUCAUCUUUAUCAGACAGUCUGCACGUAGUUCUCGUAAACUGAGGUCAAAGCUGCAGCGCCACGGCCAGUCAGAGGAGCAGCUGCUGGCGUGUUCAAGGAGCGAGGAGCCCCUGCUGGACAAGCUGCCAUGUCUGUAUCACAGUGUGGCUUCAGACUCCUGGUGUGACCAGGCCUCCUUGCUGACCAGCCUGCGUACCAUCAUCUGGGAGGAGCAGAAGAAGAUCGUCUGGGUGGAGCCUGACCUGUGGUGA